UUCAAAAACACCGAUUAUUGAAGAACGACACUGCCCUUACUCUUCCUUGGCUGAAGUGGAAGCCAGACACCUUCUGUUGGACUGUAUCAAGCUAUUAUUUUAGAAGGGCACUGAGGCAUUGUGCUCUUCACUGUUUGCUUAAAAGGAAUUCUAAAGGGAUUUGCGUUCUCUUGUUUCAUGAGCCCCCACAUUUUGAUACUGACUGAAGUGGAAGCGGACCAGCUGGCCACGUCCAUCACAGCAGCCAAGUCUGAAAAUUCCUGAUUAUACUUAGAACCCACAGAGUCAGUGGCUGAGAGGAACUUUGCAAGAAAACAUGCUUUAAAGCGAAGCAGCCAGGAAGAAAUAUGCCUGCCUGUGAAUAAAGAAGAUGGCUCCCUUUCUCCCCAUCCUUGGAUUAAUCAUGAAAGACUUGCUCAACAUUCCACUUGUACAUAUCUUCACGCUGGCAGCCUUCAGUUUAGCUGAGAGACUCCCUAAAGCUCCCAUUAUCACCACUCCUCUAGAAACUGUGGAUGCCCUUGUUGAAGAAGAAGCUACUUUUGAGUGUGUUGUAGAGGCGUUUCCUCAGGCAGAGGUUACCUGGACACGUAAUAACAUUCCUAUUAGGCUGUUUGACACACGGUAUAGUAUAAGGGAACAUGGGCAGCUUCUAAAAAUUCUCAGUGUGGAAGACAGUGAUGAUGGAGUAUACUGUUGCACUGCAAACAAUGGAAUAGGAGUGCCAGCAGAAAAUUGUGGAGCAUUACAAGUGAAAAUGAAACCCAAAAUAACCCGUCCUCCUUCAAAUGUGAAAAUAACAGAAGGAUUAAAAGCUGUUUUUCAGUGUACUACAAUGGGAAACCCAAAGCCUUCAGUAUCAUGGAUCAAAGGAGAAAAUGUUAUAAAGGAAAAUGCACGGAUUGCUAUUCUUGAAUCGGGCAGCCUAAGGAUUCACAAUGUUCAAAGAGAAGAUGGUGGUCACUAUCGAUGUGUGGCAAAGAACAGCCUGGGGACAGCUUAUUCAAAACCUGUAAUUCUGGAAGUAGAAGGAUCUAUAGUAGACACAGUAAAAGACAGAAGGAUUGAUUCUAGACUGCAGGUAUAUGUCACCCGGCCUGGUCUGUACACCUGCAUAGCCACCAACAAGCACAGUGAGACAUAUGGCACUGCAAAAGCUGCAGCCACCAUCAAUGUAUCAGAAUGGAGCAGACUCUACAAAGGAGAUGCAGGCUACUGCAGCACCUACCGGGGAGGAGUGUGUAGUACUCUGUUGGCAAAAGAUGCAUUUGUUUUCUUCAAUGCCUCCUAUGGAGACCCAGAGGAGACCCAGGAUUUGCUUGUCCGCACUGCACUGUCUGAGUUGAAAACUGUGAGUCCUUUGUGCCGUCCAGCUGCUGAGUCACUGCUUUGUCACUACAUCUUCCAGGAGUGUAAUCCGUCCAGGAUCGGACCUGCUCCAAAACCAGUUUGCAGAGAGCAUUGCCUUGCUGUAAAGGAUCUCUACUGCUUUAAGGAAUGGCUUUCAAUGGAAGAAAAUGCCCGCAAAGGAAUCUACAAACCUGGACUGAUGCUAUUGACCCUUCCUGAGUGCAACAGACUUCCCAGCAUGCACAAAGAUCCAAAAGCUUGCACAAGGAUCCCACAUCUGGACCUUAAAAAGGAAGACAUAACAACAACUUGUUACAAAGGCAAUGGGUUAACUUAUGAAGGUACCGUCAAUGUCACAGCUUCGGGCAUUCCUUGUCAGAAAUGGAGUGAACAGGUACCUCAUUCACACAGAAAAACCCUUCAGUUUUUUCCUGAGCUCUCCAAUGCAGUCAAUUAUUGCCGUAAUCCAGGGGGUGAAAAUGCUCGACCAUGGUGUUAUACAAAGGAUGCUUCUAUAAAAUGGGAAUACUGCAGUGUGCCUCAUUGUGAAGAUGAAUCCUUCACCCAAGGGACAACAAAGCCAAGUAUGGUUGCGCCAUAUUACCCAUCGUCAUCCUCUUUUUCUCCAACAUAUUCCAUGACUGUUAUUGUCUCCAUCAUCUCCAGCUUUGCAAUACUAAUCAUUCUCAUUAGUGCUGCUCUUUUUUGUUGUCGAAGAAGGAAGCACUGGAAGAACAAAACAAGGGAUUCAGCACCACCAGCCCUGACGACUCUUCCCUCUGAGCUCUUACUGGACCGACUGCAUCCAAAUCCCAUGUACCAGCGCAUGCCAUUACUCCUGAACCCAAAAUUAUUCAGCCUGGAGUACCCACGAAACAAUAUUGAAUAUGUGAGAGAUAUUGGAGAAGGAGCUUUUGGACGAGUCUUCCAAGCUAGGGCACCAGGACUGCUUCCUUACGAGCCAUUCACAAUGGUGGCAGUGAAGAUGCUCAAAGAAGAGGCCUCCGCAGACAUGCAGGCUGAUUUCCAGAGAGAAGCAGCUCUCAUGGCUGAAUUUGAUCAUCCCAACAUUGUCAAACUUUUAGGAGUUUGUGCUGUUGGAAAGCCAAUGUGUCUCCUUUUUGAAUACAUGGCCUUUGGAGAUCUCAACGAAUAUCUGCGUAACCGAUCGCCACGCAACCUCUGUAGCCUAAGCAGCAAUAACCUUGACCCAAGGAUCCGACCCUGUAGCCCUAAUUUGCUUGCUCUCUCUUGCACUGACCAGCUCUAUAUUGCCAAGCAGGUAGCAGCUGGAAUGGCCUACCUCUCAGAACGCAAAUUUGUGCACCGGGAUUUGGCCACCAGGAACUGUUUAGUGGGAGAAAACAUGGUUGUUAAAAUUGCUGACUUUGGCCUCUCGCGAAACAUGUACUCAGCAGACUAUUACAAAGCGAAUGAAAAUGAUGCCAUCCCCAUUCGAUGGAUGCCUCCAGAAUCUAUCUUCUACAACCGGUAUACAACUGAAUCGGAUGUCUGGGCCUAUGGUGUGGUCUUAUGGGAGAUCUUUGCCUUUGGGAUGCAACCCUAUUAUGGGAUGGCUCAUGAGGAAGUCAUCUAUUAUGUGAGAGAUGGAAAUGUCCUUUCUUGUCCAGAUAACUGCCCCCUGGAGCUGUACAAUCUCAUGCGUCUGUGUUGGAGCAAGCUGCCUUCUGACAGGCCCAGCUUUGCAAGUAUAUACUGUAUUCUGGAGCGCAUGUAUGAGAGGGCAGUGGCUGCUAACCAUGUCUGAGCCAGGGUAACAUUUCAUUUCUCAAAUGACUGAGUGGAAUGAAAGAGAGAGCUAGCACCUGGUAUAUCACAAAUCCUUGUAGUGGUGCUGCAGGCAAUACUCCAAAUAUGAAAUUGAAGCAUCUGAGCACUUUGCUUGAAUGGGGACUGCAGAAUUUAAAAAGUUACAACCGCAUUUUAAAAGAAUCAAUGACUCUAAUUCUCAAAAAAUUAUUUAAAACGUUUCCUUCAUGGCUUUCUAGUUUGCCACUAACGAGAUGUUAGAAUAAAUACAUAUAUAAUAUCCAGAACUAAAAAAAUCAGAUUGCAGUAAAUUAAUAAUUUGUCAGAGCCUCAAAUCUAAAAUAAAAUGAAAGAGCAUAGAAGUAACAAGUCCUCACUGUAUCACAGGGCAGGUUAAUUCUAAAAAUCGAGCUUCAAACACCUCCCCUAAACAGGAAGGUAUUCACUGUUGAUUUUGAACUUAAGGUUGUUUCACGGCAAUGGAAAGUCAGAGCAGGCAGAACAUCUAGCCCUGUCUUAUCUGCUCUGGCUGGAAGUAGCUCUCUGCAAUUUUGGGGCAGAGGUCUUUCUAGGCACUCUAUUUGAAAUAUUUCAAUGGAAAGUCCUAGAGAUUGCAUCUAAGGUCACCUAUGGGCAAAACAUGUACUCUAGCACUGAGCUGUUACCCCACAGAAAUGGGAAGGGCUGUUCUAAUAAAAUCAAUUCGAACACUGCAGCCCUGUUUGUGAGAUUGUAAUGGAAACUGAAGGAUGUCAAACAGAUCAUUUUUCUCAGAAACAUGGAAAGAAGCCUCCUGUAAUCAGCCUGUAGAUACAUAGAAGAUCUUAUUUUCAAUUCACCACUGACUCGCUGCUUUUCAGCCAAACACUAAGAUGCAGGUUGUUUUACGUCCGUCUUCACAGAUUUCAGGUUAUGAGCUUAUUUUGAAAAACAGCAACCUUCCCCUCUCCAACCCCAACCUUUCAUAUUUGCACUGAUGAGAAUCCUGUGAACGUAAUGUCAGUCAUUGAAACCAAGUACUAGCUUCUGUGUCCCCCCCCCCACUUCUCAAACAAGCAUAUCAAGGGCUUGAAAAGACACACAACCUUGCCUAAAGAGGCAGACCAGAGGGUAUGGCUAAAAGGAGAAAAGGUCCCUGGAAAUGGCAUGGAAGCAGCUUCCAUGAGUGGAGUGUUGGAAAAUGUUUCUUCUGGAUUUACGAAGACCUCUAUGGUGUCAGCCUAGCCCAUCCCCAGUCUCCCAUAUGGAAUCUUUUUAUAGGUGCUGGGUGAAGCAGCAGCCAUGGAGAGAUGGGGAAAGUAAAUCUGCACACACUAGUACACACCUAUGGCUAGACCCACCACCCAGUACAUUCAUAUACUAAGUCAAGUACUCACUCUUAACCCACCAAAAUAUGAAAAAUUAAGUUAAGAAUCUUUUUUUUAUUACACUUCCCUUAUUAAUGCAUUCCCUUGCAUACAUUAUGUUAUUCUCACCACCUUUAAUUUUCAGUGGGGAUGUACCAGGACAGCUGAGGGAAAAACUUGGCUUUUUGUCAUUGAGCAUUCCAGCUUUUGUAUUGUUUGUGUGAAUUAAACAUCUGUACUGUA